AUGGCAGAUGACGGAGGUGAAGAAGGAAGAAAGAAGCUGAAGCAGGAGAAGAAGAAGAAGAAGAAGAAGAAGAGAGAGAGAAAUAGAACGAGUCGAAACCCUGGACGUCGUCAGGCAUCGCGGGGCAUCAUCACGUUGUGCUUCCCACUUUGUUUCUGCUGGCCGCAACCUCAACCUCCUUUUUCCCGCCACCCCAAUCAACUAGUUAUGAUAAUUAAUUAA